AGAGUUUGUAUGACGGAAAUACUCGACAAAAUAAAAAGGGCAACUGAGUAACAACUUCAGAUAGCGGAUUAUUCUUGCGAGUAUGUAUUUGACAUGAAUUAGAUAUUGUUUAUAAUCGGAUGUUAAUGCAGUGGCACAGUGUUUAUAGUGCAAGAGAUGGUAUUGCAAUUGUGCGACGAAAAGUGGAUCUCACAUAAUCCUACAUUUGAUCAAGAGCAAGCAUAGUUAAAUUAGUUUGCACGAGUAGAACAAGGUGCAAAUCACGACAAUAGAGUGCUACAUUUGCGAAUAGAGGAACAUGUUCACUCUCGGAUAAGUUAAUGGUAUGGAUUAUUGAACAUUCUUGAUUAGUUAAGGUGGAUGGAGAGGAAAACAUCUUGAUUCUGUGUCGAGGAUGCCUCCCACUGAAACAGUCAGACAAAAUUACUUGGGACUCAAAUGAUUAUUAGCCGCUCAUCAAGGACAAGUGCAUUCAGGAUUGGUUGUUGGGACAAGGAGAAAAAUUGAAUGUACUCCAAUUCCCUAAUUAUUCACCUAGUCCCGUAUGGUUACCUUGGAGCGCAUAAAUCAGUACGAGGAGGAGAGAAAGCAAAAGCCAUAAUUAAAAUUCGAAGAUUUCGAUCGAAAGGGUCCAAACCAAUAAUUGAAGGAGGUGCAAUUGCGAUACAAAGAUGCCAAUCACUAUUAGCAAGUAUUUUCUCCUUUGGUGAAAUUGGAAGAAGAAUAAGACAAGCAAGUUAAGGAAGGUCAGGUGUUGUAGAGUGUGAAGGUGAAAUGGGACUUGAGUUUGAAGAAAAAGAGAUUGGCUUACUUCUUGUAUGGAGGCAGAGAAGAAUUUGACACAAACACUCUUUAAGGGAGUGAAAUGCAAUUAAGUCUAAAAUCUGGAAAUUCCAUUUGGUAAUCCAAGGGAACUGUGGUCAAAGUUAUAAAUAACGAGGAAAUCUGUUUGGAAUUACAUCAGAAUGACCCUCCUCCCAAUAAUGCAGACGAGGGUUACACAGUCGAGUGCAUAUGGGUGUCGACUACAUUUAAGAGGAUGUAGAUUGGAUUAAAGACUUUCAAUUUAAAUGAGAGUUCGACUAGCAAUUAUAUUUACAAGAUGAUUUUGGGAAGAAUAGAUACUGUGGCUCCUCCAACUAAAGUGGAGAACAUUCCUCAGAAGUUAUCUGCUCCCAACCUCCCAGAUCUGAAUGUCUAUUAGGCAGAUGCAGUUAAGAAAGCAUUGAAGUCUCCCUUGUCUUUAAUACAAGGCCCUCCAGGAACUGGUAAGACUGUGACCAGUGCCACCAUUGUUUAUCAAUUGGUAAAGGCAUUGGAAAAGCAAAAGUAAAGAGGAUAGAUCUUGGUUUGUGCACCAAGUAACAUAGUCGUUGACUAAUUGGCUGAAAAAAUCAACAAAACAGGAGUUAAGGUUGUCAGACUAUGUAGUAAAACAAGAGAAAGUGUGAGUACAACAAUUGAAUUUCUGACAUUGCACAAUUAAGUGAGAAGUUUGGAUAUCCCACAAUAUCACUAGUUAUAGAUGUUUUAUGAAUUGAUGGAUUAACAAGGGGAAUUAGAUUAAAAGGAUGAAUAAGUGUUCAUCAGAAUGAGGGAUGAGGCAGAGAAGGAAAUCAUUGAAUAGGCUGAUAUCAUUUGCACUACUUGUAUUGGAUCAGCUGAUAAAAGACUCAAAGACAUGAGAUUCCCUUUUGUUUUAAUUGACGAAGCAACAUAAGCAAUAGAGCCAGAGUGUUUAUUACCCAUGAUAAAGGGAGCUCAACAUGUGAUUUUGGUUGGAGAUCAUAGACAAUUGGGUCCAGUGGUGUAGAGUCGAGAAGCAGCCUCAGUAGGUUUGGACAGGAGUUUAUUUGAAAGAUUGGUGCAGUUGGGAAUAAGACCUGUUCGAUUGUAAGUGUAAUAUCGUAUGCAUCCUGAAUUAACAGUCUUUCCCUCCAAUACAUUCUAUGAAGGUACACUGUAGAACGGAGUCACUAUAAGUGAUAGGACUCAUUCUGGCAAUUUCCCGUGGCCCAACAAGUAGAAGCCCAUGAUAUUCAUCAAUGUUUAAGGACAGGAAUAACUCUCAGCAUCAGGCACCUCGUAUCUGAACACUCAAGAGGCUGUUGCUGUUGAACAAGCAGUCUAUUAUCUAUACUAGAACACGGUGAAGUUGAACAAGAUCGGAAUCAUCACUCCUUACAAAGGAUAACGCACAUACAUAAUUUCCUAUCUCCAAAAGAAUGGACAACUACCGUAUAAUCAAUACAGAGACAUUGAGGUUGCUUCAGUAGAUGGUUUCUAGGGGAGAGAGAAGGAUUUCAUUAUCAUCUCAUGUGUCCGCUCAAAUGACACUCAAGGCAUAGGGUUCUUGACGAAUCCCAGGAGAUUGAAUGUCACAAUCACCAGAGCUAGGUUUGGAUUGAUAAUCAUAGGGAAUGCGAGAGUUUUGUGCAAAGUACAUUGAUGUAAUCUAUUGAUAGGACAAUCUUUGGAACAAUAUGUUAAAUCACUUUAAGGAUCUGGACUUGUUGAUGGAGGGUUCAUUGCCUAAUCUUAAACCAUGUCAUAUGAAAUUUAGGCCGCCUUAAAAGUUCAUUCCAGAACGACGUAAUAACACUAUGAACGGAGCCAAUGACGACAAGAGUGUUUAUUCGUAUGCGUAGACAGGUAGAUAUGUUAAGUGAACUAUUUGAUAGAUAACCUAAAUUAAUUUGACCAUGAUUUGGGUGAUUUCCCAUUAACCAAGGGAAUCAGGAACAGUGAAUUUGGAUUCAAUUAUAUACCAGACACCCAAGCUUUCGUCAAAGUUGCUGAUCAGAAUGACAUUAGAAAAAACCAAGAUAUAAAAGAGAUUGAUUAAGCCAAUAUUAUUACUGUUGGAUAAUACCCUUCAUCGAUCAUGCAAAUUGGAACAUUCUAAAAUGAUUUACAAUUGGAUGUUUGAGCAAGAGGAGGGGAUUUGAUGCAAGGUU